AUGAGCGAUUCUCUUUUCUCUAUUCUAUCAUCUAUUCACCAAGAAACCCUGCUUCAGUAUUUGGAUGAGAAGCAACAAAGAAACUUGUAUUAUGAUCUUACCCAAUUCAACAAAAUUUAUCCGGGGGGAAUAUACUCCUACAUCAACAAUGCAGUAAACCUAUUGGAUGAUUCGCUAUCUGGUAACAAGCAAAUCAGUAGUAUCGACAUUCCCACGGGCAAAGAUCUCAACAUCGAGAAUGAAGAAUUUGAAGAGUUAGAAAAGAUAGGGAGAGAUGCCCUGCAAACCUGUUGCUUUGCCAUUGUUGGAGGUGGCAUUGGUGAGCGCCUUCACAGCAAAAAAGCAAAACUCUGCUUGACGAGCAGCCUCGUCUCUGGACAAUCGUUUUUGGAACUUUAUUGCUGCUUCUUCCACUCGAUUGAGACGCAAUACGACUGUACUGUUCCCAUUGCUAUAAUGACAAGCCAAGGAACACAUAACCAAAUAUUGAGUGAACUUGAAAGUCACGAUUUCUUUGGGUUGGACAAGGAUAACAUCACGCUCAUGCGUCAAGUUGAAGUGCCUUCCAUUGUAGAUAUGAAAGGCACACUCGCGCUAAAACCCGAUGGUCAUUUGCUAUUGAAGCCACACGGCCAUGGGGACAUUCACACACUUUUGUAUCAGGUAGAUAGAUUUGUAUUGGUUUUGAUGCAGAACAACCUUCCGCAACGAUGGCUGGAAAUGGGGAAACGGCAUAUCAUAUUCAUGCAAGACACCAAUAUUCUUUCCCUCUUUGGAUUCGCUCCUCUGCUCGGGGUUUCCAUACAGAGUUCUCUUGAUUUCUCCAGUCUCGGAAUCGUUCGCAAACCAGGAGAGAAAAUCGGCUCGAUUUGCAGACUGGAAUAUCCAGAUUCUCGGAAACUGACUUGCAAUAUCGAAUACAAUGAAUUCGAAACGCUCCUUCGUCGACUCACGGGUGAAGGAGACGAGCCAAAUGAUAAUGGAAACAGUUCAUAUCCCGGAAACAUCAACAUUCUUUGCGCAUCAAUCGAGAGUUACAAUCGCAUUCUGCUUCAAACACAUGGAUCCAUUCCUGAGUUUAUCAAUCCCAAAUUUGCAGACGCAUCACAUCGCUUCUUUUCCAGCCCGGCUCGUUUGGAAUGCAUGAUGCAGGAUCUUCCGAAAAUCAUGACACAGAAAGAAACAGUCGGUUAUUGCAGCUUACCGCGCUGGAUCUGCUUCUCUGCCGCCAAAAACAGUUUUGAAAACGCUACAAUUCAAGAAAGCAAGACAGGUUUUGGUGAAAGUAUGUUUUCGGCGGAAGAAGACUAUUACAAAUGGUUCCGAAAAGUGGGGAGAAAGUUCGGAAUUGAUGUGGGCACGAAGGAGUGGGACGAUUCUGUAACACCUGCCCAUGGACUGCCCCAAUUACCCCUCUUGGCACUCUCGCCUCAAGCGGUUCUAACGGUAUCGGAUAUGAAGAAACGGUUCUCUGGGGAGAUUACCAUGAGUCCUACGUCUCUAGUGUACAUUGAUGGUACUGACGUGACGUUGGAGAAUGUGAGUGUGGAUGGAGCUUUGGUAGUGAGGGCAUGCCCUCAAGCCAAAGUGGUUAUUCGAAAUAUAGCAGUCCAGAACAAGGGGUGGAAGUUUGAGCAUUGUGCUUCAGAUCCUUCUCGAUCGUAA